AUGGAGUACGACUACAUUGUCUGCGGCGGCGGCACCACGGGCGCCGUCCUCGCCGCGCGCCUAGCCUCAGACGCCAACGCAACGGUCCUGCUUCUCGAAGCGGGCAAAGACCACCUCUCGCACGCAUUCACACGCUUCGCGGGGGGGUGGAAAACCGGCUUCAACACUUCCGCGGAUUGGAACAUACAGACGGUGCCGUCGGCAGGCCUGGACGGCCGGCAGGUUGCGGUGAGCCGCGGGAAGUUCCUGGGCGGCUGCAGUGCGUGCAAUGGCACGCUGUGCGUGCGCGGCGUAAAGCGGGACUAUGAUGAGUGGGGCCUGCCGGGCUGGGGCGGGGACGAGGUGUGGGCAUGGAUGAAUAAGGCGGAGUGUUUUCAUCCCAAGGGUUGGUUCGCGUAUGAUCCGGCGAGUCAUGGGACGGCUGGGAUGCUCCAUACGGCGCCUAUGGACCCGGCACCAAUUACGCAGCGGGUGCUGGAGAGUAUGGUGGGCGUGGGCAUGCCGUUGGGCGCAGAUAUUUUCAGUUCUGGCGAGACGGCCGUGGGCUGUGGGCAUGCGGUCAGGACGGUGCAUAACGGGGUCAGGAGCACCGCGGCGGAUUUCGUCAGGACUGCUACUGCCCGCGGGAAUUUGGAGGUGCGCACUGAGACCAUGGUAGAUAGGGUUGUGCUUGAGAGGGAGGGGGAGGGGGAGGAGGCCGAGUGGAGGGCGAAGGGCGUGCAGAUCGUGGGUGUGAAUGGCGUGAGGAGGACGGUGAGCGCGAGGAAGGAGGUGGUCGUUAGUGGCGGGGCGUAUUGUUCGCCAGCCGUCCUUAUGCGCUCCGGCAUUGGUGCGAAGGAGGGGGUCGAGGGCUUCGGCAUCGAGAGUAAAGUCGAUCUACCCGGGGUUGGAAAGAACUUGAUGGAUCAUCUGAUCGUGUUCAUGUUCUAUGAAGUCUCUGAAGCCGGGGUCACCAAAGACCGCGGCAUCUACGCCGAGGGCAUGCAUCAGGCGGCCGUGCAGCAGUGGCAGGAAACCCAAACCGGCUUCCUUACCGACUUCCCAUUCGGCGCGUUCGCCUACACCCGUCUUGACGAGCGCCUCUCGGACUCCUCGCUGUGGCAGGAUGCGCCGCGAAAGGACGGCUACGACCCCAUGGGCCUCACGCCGGCGCAACCCAACAUCGAGUUCUUCACGACCGAGUGCUACGGCGGCCCAUCGCAGUACGCCGACUUCCCGCUCGGCGGCGAGUCCGCGUUCGCCAUCAUCCCCGAGCUGUUCGGUCAGCAGUCGAGAGGGACGGUAACGCUGAAGAGCAACGAUCCGCUCGACACGCCGGUCGUCGACCACAAGUACCUCGACGACCCGCUGGAUCUCCUCGUGCUUGCAGAGGCGUGCAGGUAUGCGAACGAGAUCGUCAUGAACGGCGCCGGUACCAGGGAUAUCGUCAAGGCUGCCUGGCCACCGCAAGCGAAGCAUCACGAGUACGAGAGCAGAGAGCAGUGGGCGGCGUUCGUGAAGAAGAACGCCACGACUUGCUAUCAUGCCAGUGGCACGUGUAGAAUGGGCAUCGAUCAGGAUCCGCAGGCCGUCCUGGAUGAGAGACUUCGGGUUCGUGGCGUCAAAGGAUUGCGUGUGGCAGAUACGAGUGUCAUGCCGACUCUCAUCUGUGGGCAUACGCAAAUGCUGGCGUAUGCUGUGGGUGAGAAGUGUGCGAGCAUGAUCACCGAAGACAAUUCGGUGUAG